AUGACUGACCCCGGACGAACUCCUUCUCACUUUACAGAGACUUUUGCCAACCUGGCCCAGGUCACUGCUCGAAUCCAGGCUCUAGAGGCUCAGCUUGGCUACCCACCCCCUGGUUUGGUUCGGCCCCUUCCUGCAGUCCCCCGUUAUCCUCAUGGCCCGGCCCAGUUAGCCUCUGCAGUUCAGCAUUUGGAAGGCUCUGCAGCUCAAGCAAGCCACUCUACACCAAGGGGACGUGGUGAUCAAGCUCCUGGACGUGCAUUCGAGUCAUCUAGGUUUGCUCGUUACCUCGACCGAGGGGGAUUUGGGGGGACAUCUCGUAACAAUACAGGUGCUGGUUCUGCAGGGCCUAAGGUGGAUAAACCUGCUACUAUUACUCGUAAGGGUCGUGCAGUAAUUUACAUCCCCACCCGCUACUUCGAAGAAAACAAAAUUGUACUCCGUGGUAACAACUUUAAGGCCCUUCUCAAUGUCUGUCAAGCUCGUCAGCUCAUUGCUAUGCCCUACUUUGGCUGGGCUAACGAACCUAUCGAGAUACAGACCAUAGUUCUUGAGUCUUUUGCAAGUAAUGGGGUUUCACUGGUUGGAUCUCUAUUUUCGUGGUGCGAGAGAGAUGACUUCUCCCAUGUCCUCAUGCGAGCUGGUCAAUCUAGUGCGAUCUGGGGGAAAGCUGUCCACGAUCUCUCUGUUCGCGCUGAAUACGCAUGGAUAGUUUCCGACAGUACCACAGGGGACUCCUCUUUUGCUGAAGCUUGGAAAUUGGAAGUGGAGAGGUUGGAGAAUGAGGAGAAUAAUGGAUCUGAUGACUCGGACAAAGACGAACCUAGUACCCCACCCCCAAGCAGUGCUGCAACCCGAAAAUGUGACGCCUGUGGUCAGAAGAUGGCCUCCCACCUAUACACAGCUCAUCUAGGGGCCUGCACGUCUCGUAAUCCCGCUCGACAAGGUUCUAGGUCCCUCCCAGUCGAUCUAACUGACUCUCCUAUCGAUAAGAGACCAGUAAUCAAAGAAGAACCAACUUCCCCACAGACAUACAUGUCAACAGACACAGAAGAACACGAGUCGGCCGAAGAUCAAUUGCUCUCUGCUGGUAAUUAUCCUCCUCUGAAGGCCUACGUGAAUAGUGAAGACUUUGGUAUGGAUGACAUUGAGUCACUUCCUCCCCUAGAUCUAUCUGCUUUAGCCAAGAAAUCCAAGAAUCUUCGUCCUCGGGGCCAAAUGACAAACUCGCAGCAAGGAUCCAGUGUGAUUCAGCCCAAAUCUCAAGCUGGACCAUCAGGAAAACGUAAAGGCAAGGCUGUAGCAGGUCCAGGACAUGCCAAGAAGUCCAGGGCCGGCUCAAUUCUCUCUUACCUGAAGGCUGUAUACUGA